UCAGCGCCGGCCCUCGGCGGCGCGGCGGAGCCAUGAGCUGGGGCACGGAGCUGUGGGACCAGUUUGACAACUUAGAAAAACACACGCAAUGGGGUAUUGAUGUUCUGGAAAAGUACAUCAAGUUUGUAAAAGAAAGAACAGAGAUUGAACUCAGCUAUGCAAAGCAGCUUAGGAAUCUUUCAAAGAAAUACCAACCCAAAAAGAACUCCAAAGAGGAGGAAGAAUACAGGUACACAUCAACUAGAGCCUUCCUAGCCACUUUAAAUGAAAUGAAUGACUAUGCCGGACAGCAUGAGGUCAUUUCUGAGAACAUGACCUCUCUUAUCACUGGAGAGUUAACACGCUAUGUGCAGGAGCUGAAACAAGAGAGGAAAUCGCACUUCCAUGAUGGCAGAAAGGCACAACAACAUAUUGAAACUUGCUGGAAACAACUUGAAGCAAGUAAAAGGCGGUUUGAACGUGAUUGCAAAGAAGCUGAUCGAGCACAGCAGUAUUUUGAGAAAAUGGAUGCUGACAUCAAUGUUACAAAAGCAGAUGUUGAAAAAGCAAGACAGCAAGCCCAGCUGCGACAUCAAAUGGCAGAAGACAGCAAAGCGGAAUAUUCUUCCACUCUACAGAAGUUCAACAGUGAGCAACAUGAUCAUUACUACACACACAUACCAAACAUCUUCCAGAAAAUACAAGAUAUGGAGGAAAGAAGAAUCGUGAGGAUAGGUGAAUCCAUGAAAACUUUCGCAGAGGUUGACCGCCAAGUGAUCCCUAUCAUUGGAAAGUGUCUGGAUGAAAUAACAAAGGCUGCAGAAUCAAUUGAUCACAAAAAUGAUUCACAGCUGGUAAUAGAAGCCUUUAAAUCAGGGUUCGAGCCUCCGGGAGAUAUCGACUUUGAGGACUUCACGCAGCCAAUGAAGCGGACUGUCUCGGAAUCUAGCCUUUCCAACUCCAGAGGGGAUGGGAAGUCUGAGCCGAAAUUUGGUAGCAAAUCCAAGGGCAAGUUGUGGCCAUUCAUCAAGAAAAAUAAGCUUAUGUCCCUUUUAACAUCCCCCCAUCAGCCCCCUCCUCCUCCCCCUGCCUCUGCCUCACCCUCUGCUGUUCCCAACGGCCCCCAGUCUCCCAAGCAGCAAAAGGAACCCCUCUCCCAUCGCUUCAACGAGUUCAUGACCUCCAAACCCAAAAUCCACUGCUUCAGGAGCCUAAAGCGCGGGCUUUCUCUCAAGCUGGGAGCAGGGCCAGAAGACUUCAGCAAUCUCCCACCUGAGCAAAGAAGAAAGAAACUUCAGCAAAAAGUCGAUGAACUAAACAAAGACAUUCAGAAGGAGAUGGAUCAAAGAGAUGCCUUAACAAAAAUGAAAGAUGUGUAUAUCAAGAACCCACAGAUGGGAGAUGCAGCAAGUGUGGACCAGAGAUUAGCAGAACUUGGACAGAACAUUGAAAAGUUACGAUUAGAAGUUCAGAAAUUUGAGGGCUGGCUGGCUGAGGUGGAGGGCAGGCUACCCAUGCGGACUGAACAGGCCCGGCGGCAGAGUGGACUGUAUGAAGCCCAGAACACUUCAGCAGUGAACAGCUGUGCGCAGGACCGGGAGAGCCCAGAUGGCAGUUACACAGAAGAGCAAAGCCAGGAGACUGAGAUGAAAGUACCUGCAACGGAUUUUGACGAUGAAUUUGAUGAUGAAGAACCACUACCCACCAUAGGAACAUGUAAAGCGCUCUAUACAUUUGAAGGUCAGAAUGAAGGAACCAUUUCUGUAGCAGAAGGAGAAAUGCUCUAUGUAAUAGAAGAAGACAAAGGUGAUGGGUGGACACGAAUCCGAAGGAAUGAAGAUGAGGAGGGCUAUGUCCCUACAUCAUAUGUUGAAGUCUAUUUGGACAAAAAUGCCAAAGGUGCUAUGACUUAUAUUUAA